UGAAGUAGAAAAAGUAGAUGCAAGUUUGGUAAAAUUUCAUUUACUUCAAUUCAUUCAAUAGCAAAUAAAAGGACUUUUUAACAUGUCAUCCGUAUUGUGCCCUGAGAUUCCUGCUCCAGGAUUUUCAUUUGAAAACUGCAAACGUAAUACUUUGUUGCAAAUGAAAGGUCUUGUUUUACCAAAAGCAACAAAAACUGGUACUACAAUUGUAGGUAUUACCAUCAAAGAUGGAAGUGUUCUCGGUGCUGAUACAAGAGCAACUGAAGAUACAACUGUUGCCGACAAGAAUUGCGAAAAAAUUCAUUAUAUAUCACCCAAUAUCUAUUGCUGUGGUGCUGGUACAGCAGCUGAUACAGUAAUGGUCACCCAACUUAUUUCUUCAAAGCUGGCUCUCCACCAAUUAUACACUAAUCGGCAAGUCAGAGUAUGUACAGCUAAUAGGAUGCUGAAACAAUAUUUGUUCCGCUACCAAGGUUAUGUUGGUGCUGCCUUCCUUGGUGGAGUUGAUACAACCGGUCCUCACCUACAUCAAAUUUAUCCACAUGGCUCCACUGACAAAUUGCCUUUUACAACUAUGGGUUCUGGUUCUUUGGCAGCAAUGGCUGUAUUUGAAUCACGUUGGAAGCCAGAUAUGUCAGAGGAAGAAGGCAUUCAGCUAGUGAGGGAUGCUAUUGCAGCUGGUAUCUUUAAUGAUCCUGGAUCAGGUAGUAAUGUUGAUGUUUGUGUAAUAAAGAAAUCAGGAGUACAUUAUAAAAGAACAUAUGAAGAAGCCAAUAAGAAAAGUACUAGACAGAAUUCUUACCGUUACCCUAGGGGAUGCACAGCUGUUCUUUCUACUAAAGUACACAACAUUGAUGUUGAAACUACAGUCCAACAUAUUGAACCCAUGGAUAUUGCUUAAAUGAA